GGGGGGGUCAUUCUGCCCCAGUAUCGCUGUGCACAUGGCUCGACGUCCUUGGAGUCCUUCCACCUGCAUCUGAACCGCUUUGUGCCAGAUGUACUUGCUGGAAGGGCUUGUACAGUGGAAUGAGGCUCGUGCGGUUGCUGCCGUUGAAGGUGGCAGCAGAAAGGAUAUCUGCUACGGUGGCCAGCUGCAGCGGUAUGCCAACACCCUGAGCCAGCAGUUUAUGGGCCGUAAUUUGUCGGAGGACUACACCAGCCCUGGCGAAUACAUGGGUGAACUCAUUGGUGUGGAAUAUUUAUAUUCCCAAACGAAUAUCACUUUUGGGGAAGACUGGUGACGACCCUGAUAUUCCAGAUGGGAUUCAGAAGCAAGACCUUGGUGAUCUGGAGAGAGAUGAGGGGUUUGCGGAUAUUGACAUGGAUGGUGAGCCCCUCGAAAUCAUGGCGCUCAACAUGGCGCUCACCCCAGAACAAGUACAGCAGGAGGCAGAGGCCAUACAACCUCAUGGUCCGUCAUCGGCACAGACAGAGUCUUCCCUGAGAGAUGAGCCGCCCACUCAGAGGCAGGGGGUGCCGAGUCAUGCGGCAGAGUCUUCCUUGCCUGAGCCCACGAUAGAUGAGCCACCCACUCAGGGCCAGAUGGAGAGCCUGGGACCAGAUGGCAAACCUGGUUAUGACCACGUCGUCAGGUUAGCCAACAGUCUGGUGGAUCUCAGAAAUAAGGGGUUCAUAACACAGCAGAAGGUGGAUGAGAUUGUUACUCUCUGGGAUAAACUGUCAGAGGAUGACAAGGGAGCUCUCAUCUACCCAGCUCGCCACCGUGAGAGGCUGGUGAAGGGGCGCUUCAAAGUCAGUCACUCUAAGACAAAUGUGACCCCCGGAGCUGACAGUUUGAAGCGCUGCUUCCUUGAAUGCAGUGGACCUGCUCAGUGGCCCAAUGCCAGCCAUCUUGUGGAGGCUGUCUGUCUGGCUCUAUGCCGAAUUUACCCUGCUGGUCAGACAGUGGCCGGUGUCAGGGUGAGCAGGAGGGCUGCCAUUCUGCGUGACUACAGAAUUAUAAGGGAUGUAGUCCUGGACAGCCCCAGACUCAUGGCUGAAACAAAGUUGCAGCUGUUUGAGUUAAAUCAACAGACUCUUUCACAAUGGAGGCACAAUGCACAGACAAAAAAGCAGGAGAGCGAAGUCUUGCAGCAGGGCAUUCAGACCUUUGCCAGUCCCUUGGUGGCCUCUGAACCUCUCCCACCUGUGCUGUUUAAGCAUGUUGAACCGGUCCGGCAUGGGCACCCAGCCUACGAGUUCAACAUUCCUGCAGAUGCAUCGGGACAGGCAGUGCAGCGUGUUCGAGGCCAACCCUCUUCAGUGGGCGCAGCGGCUGUUGCCAUGCCUGCUGCAGCACAGGUCCAAGGCCAGCCUCCUCCAGUCCAGGUGGGCUUUGCAGUCCCUGACCCAGCCCACUUACGUCAAGCUACAGACACUGCAGCUAUUGCUGUACCUGCUGCUACACCCCCUGGUCCAAAGGUGCAGAUAACCACAGCUUGGCGGCGGAGGAAGACGGCAGAGGCAGCUGCAGCACAAGGUGCGACAAAGAAAAAGAGGCAACAGACAGAAUACGUUUGUCAAAAGUGUGGCCAAUCAAAGACUAAAGAGUUUGGCCACAGUCAGUUUCGAGGGGUUCAUUUUUGUGCAAAAGCCUCAGGAAAAACUGUUGAGCAGUGGACUGAGGAGAUGAGAAGGGGACAACACUGAAUUAUAUAUUGCAUAAUAAAUAUAUAUAUAUAUA